CCCAGCGUGCCCUGCGCCUCAGCCCGCGCGCUCGCAGCUUCUCGCUCUCGCCUGCCUGCCCGCUCCCUUGCUUGCUCGCGCUUUGGCUCGCCCUCUCCUCGAGGAUCGAGGGGACUCUGACCACAGCCUGUGGCUGGGAAGGGAGACAGAGGCGGCGGCGGCUCAGGGGAAACGAGGCUGCAGUGGUGGUAGUAGGAAGAUGUCGGGCGAGGACGAGCAGCAGGAGCAAACUAUCGCUGAGGACCUGGUCGUGACCAAGUAUAAGAUGGGGGGCGACAUCGCCAACAGGGUACUUCGGUCCUUGGUGGAAGCAUCUAGCUCAGGUGUGUCGGUGUUGAGCCUGUGUGAGAAAGGUGAUGCCAUGAUUAUGGAAGAAACAGGGAAAAUCUUCAAGAAAGAAAAGGAAAUGAAGAAAGGUAUUGCUUUUCCCACCAGCAUUUCGGUAAAUAACUGUGUAUGUCACUUCUCCCCUUUGAAGAGCGACCAGGAUUAUAUUCUCAAGGAAGGUGACUUGGUAAAAAUUGACCUUGGGGUCCAUGUGGAUGGCUUCAUUGCUAAUGUAGCUCAUACUUUUGUGGUUGAUGUAGCUCAGGGGACCCAAGUAACAGGGAGGAAAGCAGAUGUUAUUAAGGCAGCUCACCUUUGUGCUGAAGCUGCCCUACGCCUGGUCAAACCUGGAAAUCAGAACACACAAGUGACAGAAGCCUGGAACAAAGUCGCCCACUCAUUUAACUGCACGCCAAUAGAAGGUAUGUUGUCACACCAGUUGAAGCAGCAUGUCAUCGAUGGAGAAAAAACCAUUAUCCAGAAUCCCACAGACCAGCAGAAGAAGGACCAUGAAAAAGCUGAAUUUGAGGUACAUGAAGUAUAUGCUGUGGAUGUUCUCGUCAGCUCAGGAGAGGGCAAGGCCAAGGAUGCAGGACAGAGAACCACUAUUUACAAACGAGACCCCUCUAAACAGUAUGGACUGAAAAUGAAAACUUCACGUGCCUUCUUCAGUGAGGUGGAAAGGCGUUUUGAUGCCAUGCCGUUUACUUUAAGAGCAUUUGAAGAUGAGAAGAAGGCUCGGAUGGGUGUGGUGGAGUGCGCCAAACAUGAACUGCUGCAACCAUUUAAUGUUCUCUAUGAGAAGGAGGGUGAAUUUGUUGCCCAGUUUAAAUUUACAGUUCUGCUCAUGCCCAAUGGCCCCAUGCGGAUAACCAGUGGUCCCUUCGAGCCUGACCUCUACAAGUCUGAGAUGGAGGUCCAGGAUGCAGAGCUAAAGGCCCUCCUCCAGAGUUCUGCAAGUCGAAAAACCCAGAAAAAGAAAAAAAAGAAGGCCUCCAAGACUGCAGAGAAUGCCACCAGUGGGGAAACAUUAGAAGAAAAUGAAGCUGGGGACUGAGGAACGCCAGCAGAGCGGGGGGAUCUCCCUGCCCCCACCCCAGUUCCCCAACCCACUCCCUUCCAACAACAACCAGCUCCAACUGACUCUGGUCUUGGGAGGCGAGGCUUCCCAACCACGGAAGACUACUUUAAAUGAAAAAAAGAAA